UUCAGGUUAUUCAAAAUGAUAAACAGUAUAGAAAAAAUAAUCAAGUUGUGUUUCAUUUCAAUCCUACCAUCAGGAAAAAUGAGCAAAACCCCAGCUGAAAUGUGGGAGCUUGCUAGCGCCCUGCAUGUUCAUGGCUCAGAUGUUGACAAGCUAGCCACAGUCUUGCCUCACUGGCCUAAGUCUGAUUUGGCCCAUAUCCUUGGUAAAUUUAAAUCAAAGGCCAGAAGAGAACAGCAAUUUAUUGUGAAAGGCAUGAAAGCAUCCCAGAAUGUGCCACGUCAGAAAAUUAUAGAGAAGCUUAAAGAGGAACCAGGCAAUCCGACAUCUGAUGAGGGUGAUGGUGAAAAAAGCAAGUCAGAUGUAGCAUCUACUAACUUAACUGAUUCUCCAUUAGUUGUUUGGUCUGACUUGCUGAUGAAAGUUCACUCACUUCAAGGGACAAGUGAUAAGGUUAAAUUUGGAUCAAGAAUCUCAAAAUCUGCCCCAAUUAAUGAUCACUCUCAGUUAUUGAGUAAGACCAUGACAUAUGCAUCUUGCCUGGAAGAACAUUAUCAAGGAGGCAGCCAUGAUGAAGCAAGUUAUGGUGAAAUUUAUAAGUACUUUGGUCAGUUGCUGGCUGGUGAAGCACCAACACAACUUCGGCCCAAAAGUGCUGCCAAGAUCCUUGAGAUGCUUGACCGACUGACGGCCAUCAUCGGGUCUGGGGCUUUCAUGGGCGCCAUCAAUGCUCUGCGACAGCAAUCCUUAUCAGAUAUACAAGAAUUCCAGGUAAAUCCUUUAGACUGCGGAGCUGAGGCAACUUCAUCAGAUGCUGCCUCUCACCCUUACUUUGAGGAGCACAGGCACAACGUCAACUCCAAGUUGGUGAAAGCUCAGACGAACUCAGCAAGCCUGCUGACCAACGUGCCUGGCCUCAACCCCCUCAUGCUGCCCUCCAGCAUCCUCACCAAGCCCCUGGACGCUCUCAGCGACACCUCAGCCACCUCCACGUCCAGCUCUUAAUGCCACGCCAGGGCAAACAUUCCGUCAGUUCCCUCACGUCUAAAGAAGGGAUCAUUUUUCUCCCUCACGCCUAAAGAAGUGAUCAUUUUUCUCCCUCACGUCUAAAGAAGGGAUCAUUUUUCUCCCUCACGUCUAAAGAAGUGAUCAUUUUUCUCACUCAUGUCUAAAGAAGGGAUCAUUUUUCUAAUGCGUAAAUGAAGAUGUGAAAAAUCAUAUCGGUAUUCAAAUUAGAUACGAAUCAAACCGCAAAUGGCGGCAUUCGUACAGGAAAUAUCUUUAACUAAUUACAUCAGCGGAUGAACUCAGUGCGGCACGUCAGUUGUUCAUGUGUGGCAAGUGACACAGCGAUGUUAUGGCAAAAGUAAAUUACUACUUUAGUUUCAGUACUUCCUAUCUGAUGAGCGAGAGUUCAUUUGGAAGUAAUUUUUCAGAGACCUUCUCUCACGCUGUAACUCAAGAUGCCUUCCACUGAUGAGACGAUGAAUUUGGAAAGUUGUUGUUUUUGUAAUUGCCCAUACUGGUAGUGGGGACUAGGGAGGGGGGUGAUAGGUCAGUUUUUCCGGGCACUUAAUGCCACUGGUAGUUCUACGACCAUCACUGGCUCGCAUUUUAUCAACUAGACUUCGAUGAAUGGCUGAGUUGACCAUGAGCCGAGCUUCCCGGAAGAACUUAGCCCA